CUGACGGGCAAGUUUGCAGACUUCUGUAGCAGAGUAGCACCAGAACAACAGACAGGCUCUUAUGCAGACCAGGAAACGGCAGCAAGCGCACGCUUUAGCAGAAAAAAGAACUUAGUGUUUCAUCCAGUUGUUUCUUUACUACUACCUCUCAUCUGGUUUACUUUUUUUUCUUUUUGAGGAUAGCUGUAAACUAAAGGCCAGCUGAAUGUAUAGCAUGAUGGAAACCGAGAUCAAAAGCGCGCAUCCGCAGCCCAACACGGGCUCUGCGGCGGGAGGCAACAAUGGUAAAAAUAACAGCGCCAACGACCAGGACCGGGUGAAGAGGCCCAUGAACGCCUUCAUGGUGUGGUCCAGGGGCCAGCGGAGGAAAAUGGCUCAGGAAAACCCCAAAAUGCACAACUCUGAGAUCAGCAAGCGGCUGGGGGCAGACUGGAAACUGCUGACAGACGCGGAGAAGCGACCCUUCAUUGACGAGGCGAAGAGGCUUCGAGCCAUGCACAUGAAGGAACACCCGGAUUAUAAAUACCGACCCCGCAGAAAGACCAAGACCCUGCUCAAGAAAGACAAGUACUCCUUACCUGGGGGGCUCAUGGCGCCUGGUGCCAACACUGUCAACGGCGCCGUCUCGGUGGGGCAGAGGAUGGACAGCUAUGCCCACAUGAACGGCUGGACCAACAGCGCGUAUUCCCUGAUGCAGGACCAGCUGGGUUACUCUCAGCAUCCGAGCAUGAACAGCCCCCAGAUCCAGCAGAUGCACCGGUACGAGAUGGCCGGGCUGCAGUACAACCCCAUGAUGUCCAGCGCCCAGACCUACAUGAAUGCGGCUUCCACGUACAGCAUGUCCCCGGCUUACACCCAGCAGACGACGAGCGGCAUGGGCUUGGGCUCCCUGGCGUCGGUGUGCAAGUCGGAGCCUAGCUCGCCUCCACCGGCAAUCACCUCCCAUUCCCAAAGAGCGUGCCUGGGCGACUUGAGGGAUAUGAUUAGCAUGUACCUUCCUCCUGGUGGAGACGGUUCAGACCAUGCCUCGCUCCAGGCCAGCAGGUUACACGGUGUGCACCAACACUACCAGAGCGCUGGGACUGGCGUGAACGGUACGCUACCACUGACCCACAUUUAAAACAAGCAAGCAAAGCGAAGAGACUUGAACUCCACAGUACUUUGGAUACUUGAACACUUUGUUCUCUGAAAACUGUGAAUCGGAGAAAUGUUAAACAAAAAAGAGUAAUGCAACUAUAUAUUUUUUUCUCAAUUGAAACUGUCAGUUUUAAGAGUUUUUUUUCUGUUUUAAUUAAAUAUGUGGACUCCGAGCCCGGCAGAGGUUUUUUGAAAUUUGUAUUGCAAAGAGGCUUUUUAUCAUGAGCUCCAAAGCAAUCGAGUUCUGUAGAAGAAUUGGGCUUUUAAAAAGAUGGCAAGGCACCUCCCCCGCACAAAAAAAAACUGUUGCUUCAGAGAGGCGAAUUUGAUUUUGAUGUUUUUAAAAUGCAAGAAAAAAAGACGGAAAAAUAUCAUCUCAAGUAACUGUUUACACUUAAUAUGUAGAUUGGCUUUGUCCAAAACUUUGUAGAAUUGUUUCUCUUAUUUUUAAUGGAGUAUUAGCUUUCUGAAUUUUGCUUUUGAAACAAUGUGCGGGUCGCAAGCGCAAGUUUGUAUUUAUAGUAAGUUGUGUGUUUUUUUUGUUUUUACAUUUUAUUUUUUAAAGCUUGUGAAUUACUUCUGUAUGUUUUUGGGUUGUUUUGAAAUGUUCCUUUUCUGGUUUGUGAGGUUUUACUGAUGUCAAAUGUUUCAGGUUAUAUCACACGGACCGAGGCUUAUUUAAACGAAUGACGUUUUACAGAGUUUAAGACCACUCACUCUAUUCCAAAACGACAAAUAAAUUUGUACAAAACAUAAACAA